GCACGGUUUUGGAGCGGGUGUUUCUCUAUCGUGGGAAAUAGAAUCGGCGAUUUAAAUGGAAGUCUUUUGAGGGAUGGGAAUCGUGUGAUUGGCGUAUCGAAUGCACGCGUCGGACGAAAGUAGAGCGGCGCGAUUGUGCUGGAAAAAUCGGCGAUCGAAAGGCUGAGUGCGCGAGUAUAUCGCGAUACCGAGACCUCGAUGUGAAAUUAACUUACAAAAGAUGGAAUGAGAAUCGCAAGAAAGAACUGUGACUAAAUUUCGUUACCAUGAUACAGGUGAAAACGCGCAUCGGUUAAAUGCAGAAAAUAUCGAGACCAAUCAGAAUAUAAACGAAUACUCUCAUUAAUCACGGCGGCGUAAGAAUUUUACGAGAACUUAUUAUCUUUUCUCUACUUUUUGAUUUCAAUCGUUUUUCAUCGAAACGGUAUCGAUUCGUCGUCGAAGGCCUACAUCGAUCAUGUAGUCGCGAGGCGGUGUCUCAACUAGCGAGAAACUAAAUCAGAAGUCGCGCGGGUGUGUUUCAGAAUUAAGUGGUGCGAGUGGAAUGACUUUUUUCACUCAGUGAUUUUUAAUUAUUCAGAAACCUUUAGUGCAUUCAUACAUGUGUAAUGUGAAUACACGGACAAAUAACUCCGACUUUAUCUGCGGAUUUGUCGUAGCGAAAUGAAGGUGCAUCUCUGCCAGACUAGGAGUAGUUAGAUUGACUCACGGCCUCAUCUACCGCAGCCCCGUUCGACAUCAUUAUGAUAAAGCAACUGCGUCAAUUUCUGUGCCAAAGAACGCGAUGACUGCCAGAAAUUCUUGGAGACAACGGUGUCCAGUUGAGGGAAGAUGAACGAGAUGGAGCAGGUUCCUGAGGGUUGAGAUAGCGUGGAUCCUCGAGAUGACCGGUUGGAGAAUGCAGCCGACCGCCUCGGUGCUCGGCGUCAUCGCCAUUGUCUCCGUCAUGAUUACUGUCACUGCAUCAGAAGCGGAGAACGGCGCCAUUGAACGUGGCAUCAAUCAUCUCGAUGACGAGGAUCAACGUUUCGACGAGAGAAUCGCGAAGAAUCGCACUGUCGAAAUUGGUCUCGCUGGCUGGUCUCACGGCAACGACACAACAGCCCUCGAGGAAGUCAUUUCCGCUCUCACGGUUGAGUACCCGACCUCAACGAAGGAUUUGCCCUCGCUUGUUACCGCAGAUCCUCAUUUCGACAACGCGUCGAAGAGAUACGUAGACGAUCAGAUGAUAUUCGCCUCGAAGAGGAUCGAGGACUCGGGACAGGCGAAAGAGGCCCUGGCAAAAAGGCUGGACCACGAAGACGUUCGAGGGACGAACGACUCGACGAUAGAAAAGUCGAAGGACGACUGGCCGACGAUGAUAUCGGUGGAGAAGGUGGAAGAUAUUACGGAAGCGAGAUACGGCGAGCAGAGAAACGUGCAAGAUAUCAGGGCGAUCUCGUUCCAAGUACCGCCGCCGGACGAGAAGGAGGAGGACUAUCAGGACAGCCGACAACAGGAGAAGACUAGCGUCGGCCAUACGAAUGAAACGAGGAAGCUCGGCGAGACCAGGAAAAAUCAGUCUAGACCGGCGAAUAACUUGCUGCUGACCGGCAAGUCGACGAAGGCCUUCUACGAGAUUAAACCGUCGAUCAGGACGCUCGAAACGGAACGCGGUCGUGAUCAUCAGUUUCAAAUCACCACUCACAGAACGUUGUUGGAGAGGAAGUUCGUCCUGCCCAGCGAUAGCGCUAUUGGAAAAUUCGGCCCGUAUUUCGAGGACGGCGAUCGAGAGAUAAACGUCACCGCGAGAAUCGGCAGUACCGUUUUGCUGGACUGCAAAAUCGGCAUGCUAGGAGAUAAAAAGGUAACCUGGUUACAGCAUAAUAAGGACUUCUUUCGUCUGUUGACAGUAGGCAGAACGCCGUAUAGCAACGACCAAAGAAUCAGUCUUAAUUUCCGAUAUCCCAGCAAUUGGAGAUUGCAGAUAUUGUACGCGAACCCACGCGACUCGGCGUUGUAUCAGUGCCAAGUCGCCACGCAUCCGCCGCUGGUUAAAAAAAUCAACGUCAUCGUUACGGCGCCAACUCUGACGAUCAGCGAUGAUUCUGGACGUAUAGUUUCCAAAGAAAGGCAUCUGAAGGCAGGAAGUGUUCUCAGGCUCAGGUGUGAGGCAAGAGACGUGCUCGAGUCGCUCAACGAGUCCGUCGUUUGGACUAGAGGAGACGAGACACUUACAGAGGACAUUAGCGAGAACAGAACGACAGAGAUCACGUCGGGCAAGGAGAUCCUUGUGAUCGUCAGUACUCUCAUCGUGGAGAGAGCCAGUCCCAGGCACGCGGGGAACUACAGCUGCAUGGUGCCCGGCAAAGCCAAGACCACCGUCGCGGUCCACGUUCUUAACGGUGAACUGCCAGCCGCUGUACACGACGGGAACGGAGUUUCGAGAGCGUUCCUUAAUCUUUGGUUGGUUCACCUGACGAUGAGCUAUGUCUUCACCAGAUGACAGUAUUAAGAUUACUCCAAUAACUUCUGAAUUCUCAAUCCGGAUGCAUUCGCAGGGCAUGAAACAUCGCGACGGGCGUGGACAGGCCGGAUGCAACGAGUUGCAGUUCGGUGCAAUGAUUGUAUAUUCUUCAUCGCGUUCACUGAUCAUUACAUCAACCGACGGCGAGCCGAUGCACGUAAGAAUGCAUCGCGUGAUUCGAACUUGUUUCGAUAAUACCGAACAGUAAUCAUACGAUUUUUCGCGUUGCGAUGUUAGUGGCGCGGGCGCAAGACGCGUGUUUUCGUGAUCCGGAGUACGUAAUUUCGAGGAGCUUGGGAAAUUGAAAUCUCGUAGUGACUUAACGUGAUCCUGAAACGUGAGUUGAAACAACAGACAGGCACUCUCGAGGAGAUCUCGGAGAAGAUGGCGGGAUAGAAGAUUCUUCAUCGAGACAAAAAUUUACUAAAGUGGGCCACUAGUGUACAGAUUAUUAAUUUACUUUCGUUGAGAUAAGUCGAGAAAAACUCUUCGCGCGAAGACUUUCAACACGUCCUUUGCUCAUCGCCGUCUGAUGGUGAAGAAUAUCCGCGUGUCGAUAAGACGAGAUGGGUACUGUGAUGGUGAAGCCAAUGGCAGGUUGCACAGUAUACGCUGCUCCAGAACUUUAUCUCCGAGAAGAAAAUGCUCUUCUUUCGAAGCGAAUUUUUAUUUCCGCGAGAGCUGUGACGUCAUACCGGUGAGAUAAAUUUCUUUACGAUAUUUUAAACGCGCAAUACAGCUAUCCAUUAUUAAAAAUGUAAUAAUUCAUGUUUUUUAUU